UCUUGUCAGACAGCUUAUGGAUUUUCCGUUUCAAUCCUGACACGAGAACUGAGUGAUUUCUUUUAAUUACACGUAUAUGUUAGAAAAAUCAGGACAAAUCCGAAUGCCUUCACCCGUCACGCAGCUUUUAAGUUUGUUUCCCUACAUGUUGUUGUGUAACGCUUUGAUUGAUGGUGCAGGUGUGACCGUGGCUAGAGCGUGUUACACACAUCCACACAUACAAACACCACCCACCGCUUCUUGUUUGAGGUGUUUGUCUCCCAGCCCGUUAAAGGGCGCUGUGGGUGAUAAAAGCUCAGGCGCACUUAAGUCGCCGCGCCUGAAAAGGAGCUCACCUCUCCGGAGCGCACGGUGGAGGGGCGGGUCUAACGGGACAGAGCAUCUCUUCUUUGAGUCCUCAUUCAUUCGCAAAGUCUCUCUCUCGGACUAGACAGCAGAUUACUUACAAAAAUUACCCCUUGCCUCGUUAAACGUGCUUCAUGCGCGCAGACUGUGGAGACAUCCGUGCGCCUUCGCCUCUCCAGAUGAGUGAAAAGCACCGAGACCGGAUGGUUCCGUCCCGAGGUACAAACUUCCGACUGGUGCAAACUUCGCGGCUCAUCCCGGUAUGAUCAUUUCCAACUUGAGCCUGAGCUGUGCGCACUGUCCCGAGGGAGUAGCCCGCAGCACGGAGGCGACGGACGCGUACGAGGAGGUAUCCGGUUCCCUGCCCCCUCCGUCCCUGAGCCCGACUGGGCACCUUGUGGUGGCGGUGUGCCUGGGCUUCAUCGGCACUUUCGGGUUUCUCAGUAACUUCCUGGUGCUCACGCUGUUCUGCCGGUACCGGGCUCUGCGCACGCCCAUGAACCUCAUGCUGGUGAGCAUCUCGGCGAGCGACCUGCUGGUUAGUGUGCUGGGGACUCCGUUCAGCUUCGCAGCCAGCACCCAGGGGCGGUGGUUGAUCGGACGCGCUGGGUGCGUUUGGUAUGGGUUCGUUAACUCAUGUUUGGGUAUUGUUUCCCUCAUCUCCUUGGCUGUUUUGUCCUACGAGCGCUACUGCACCAUGAUGGCGCCGACUAUUGCAGACGGUAGAGACUUCCGCCCAACACUGGCAGGGAUCUGCUUCUCCUGGCUUUACUCCGUGGCCUGGACCGUGCCUCCGCUGCUGGGCUGGAGCAGAUAUGGUCCUGAGGGUCCCGGCACCACCUGCUCGGUUGACUGGAGGACACGUACGCCAAACAACAUCUCCUACAUCAUCUGCCUGUUCACCUUCUGCCUCGUUCUGCCGUUCGGCAUCAUCCUCUACUCCUACGGCAAGCUGCUGCACGCCAUCAGACAGGUCCGCAGCGUGAGUUCAGUGGUGACCCGUCGCCGAGAACAGCGGGUGCUGGUGAUGGUUGUCACAAUGGUGGUGUGCUACCUGGUCUGCUGGCUGCCCUAUGGUGUGGCAGCUCUGCUUGCAACCUUCGGCCCGCAUGAUCUUUUGACACCAGAGGCGACCAUCAUGCCGUCACUGCUGGCCAAAUUGUCCACUGUCAUCAAUCCCUUUAUCUACAUAUUCAUGAACAAACAGUUUUACAGGUGUUUCACAGCAUUCUUCAGCUGCUCCAUCCCUGAGCAGAGCUCCACCUUAAAGACGUUUUCUCGGGUGACUAAGACGUUCCGCUCCAACCGCCAGGAGAAAGAACCCCAGGUGUCUGCUGCGGCUCCAUCCACAGCCUUGCCCACACCCCACUCCAUUCACGAGUCCUCGCAGGGAGCCAAUCACGUGGCUCAAUCUCCAACAAAUCAAGACUGUGUGGUUUCCCAAACUCCUGCUGCUGUCAGCCUCAAACCUAAACUGAUUCUGGUGGCUCACUAUAGGGAAUAAAAACAGAGACAACAGGAGGUGAAUGCUCAGAGAAACAAGAAGGUGCAAACGAGCGGGAGAACAGGUCUCCAAUUAAGAAACAAAUCCUCUUAAUAGCUGGAAAGAACGAUUGUAGUGGGACCGGAGUGGGAGUUUUAAAUACAAGCUGGGAUGCUUUAAUCCCAGAACAGGUUAUCAUUGCUGUGUGAGGUCGGCAAACAGGGAUAGAGGCUCUGUGUACAAAUCAGAAGAAAGAUUUGAAGAUUAGGGCUGCACAGAGUGCUUUGUGUUAAAACCACACACUUCUGCCAUUAGGAUGUACCCGCCAUAAUCACAUCCAUUGUACACAAGAGCACAAAUGUUGCAUUAAAGCUCACUUACCUCUGCCUAAAGUUUAACAUUAAGGACCAUGUAUUUCUUUCACACUGGAAGACGGAUAAUUCUACCUAAUUUUGCACAAAUGGUCAGGAUGUAUGGUCAGAACAUGGCCCACGCAGUGCCAACGUGGAGAGGCGGAUUACAAAACAAAAAGCCUGCUGUUUUAGAAAAAAGUGGAUAUUCGCUUUUACUAAAUGUUUAAUCACGAUGAGAGGGGGGGCUCUGCUUACAUAAUGAUUGUUUUUGUGGACAGACUCAUGCUUGGUUUUAACAACAGUGCAUUUGGAACGGAUACAUCGGCAACACUUUGAUUUGAGCCCCCAUUAUUUAGCAGUUACUAGCUGUAUAUAAAGAUUUACUAAAUGGUUUAUAGCACAUUGUAAUGUGGUUGCAAGUAGAUGUGUCUUUAUGUAAUUAAUUGCAUUCACCACCAUUAUAGUGUGCCAUAAAUCAAGUAUUACAUGUUUCUGUACUGCUUAAAUGCUACAUGUGGUGAGCUAAAGUGUUGCUGAUGUAUUUGGUACAGUUUUUCAGAAAUUUUUUUUUUGAAAUUAAACCCUUUAUUUGCGUGUA